UCACUCGAUGGUACCGCAAAUUUUGCAGCAAAACAACUUCUCGGUCUGCUUAUGCUUCUUGUAAGUCGUCACGGCGGCAAGAAGUGAAGGGACAUGAGCCGAAAUCCGGAGCCUCGGGCGACGUAGAGCGUGCCAAGUUGCCGAUUCAGCCGCUGGCACGACCUCAACGCAAUUCGGCACCGAUUGACAACCGAAGCAGCAUCACCCGAACGCAGCCUGUCGAGAGCCGAAUGAUGUGUGGCACGACUUUUCACACCAAGUUUGUUUUUUGUGCUCAUCUCUUUGCAAAGCGAUAAGGAGAUGUAAUAAAAACAAAAACUAUUCGAGUAUUAACGAAUUAAUGCCAGCGAAGCAACUUUUUUCUUCAGCGGAUAAUCUCAGAACUGGGCCAAAAUGAAUACCCCCAGAAUAGGACGUGGCUCGAAAGGUAGAGUUUUUCUCUACAUUGGCGUGGUGAUGAUCGUCGGUAUCACAGUGGUCAUCAUUCACGAAACGCAGUCGCGGAUGGACGACAUGCGAAAGACGUCCGAAAAGUGCCAACAGCAGCAAGAAUCUCUAGCCGCCCAGUUACAAGUUAUUUUUGAGUACAAGACUCGGCUGGAAAAGUCGGUCCAGCAAGAAAAGGCUGACCACAAAAAAACUCACGAUGAUCUGAGCUCCCAACUGGAGACGGAGAAGACUAAACGAACAAGAGAGGUUUUGGACACAACAAACAAAUUAGCCUCUCUCCAGCAGCACUACAAACUGCUCCAGGGGCAGCACGAAGAUUUGGCGGAAGAGUGCAGCGGGGUGCGGAACGGGGCCAUCAAGGCCCUGGAAGAGCAGAGGAUGGCCGAAAGCCACCUGCGCAAGUUGAAAGAACAAACUGACGCCGAGAUCAAAAUUUACAAGAGUCAAAUAGCGCAACUGAAAAUUGAAAAAGAGAAGCUUUCGAAAGUGAUCAAGGAAGAUGGAAACGAGGUUUCCAAUCUUCAAGAUGAGAACCAACGCCUUGAAAAUGAAAUCAAUCAGUGCAAGAAGGAAUUAGCGUCCUGUCCAGCCAAGUCUUCAGCAGGUGUUGCCGUUCCAAAUUUCCAAUCACCCUCCGCAGCAAGCAGCUCGGCGUCUCCUAUGGACGCAAAUGGCAAAGACCCCCUGCAAAACGUUUUGCAGCAACCUGACGGAUCAAAGGCCCAAAGUUCGUCCCCCACCGCAGGCAAGAGCACAGCAAAGAGCAAUGUUGUGCCUGUCCCAGCACCAGGACCGGACGCCCCAAAGCCUCUUGUUGGUGCCUUAGAUCAGCUUCCAGCCGGUGUGGUGCCUCCCGGUGCUGUCCCCAAAGUCCAACACGAUGACUACAAUAGCCACGACAACUUCCUGCAGCACAAUAACCAAAUCGCCCAGCCAAAUCUUCCAUUCCAAAACAGUUUUCUCCGACAGCCAGAGCAGGAGGAGGAGGAUCAGAAGAGGGCCGUCGGGGCCGCCCCGCCUGAGCAGAAGAUGCAGUGGAACAGGGGUAACGAAAUUGAGGAGGAGGACGAGCAUAGAGAGGCAGGCAUGUUCCAGAACUACAAGGAGGACGGUGCUGACAGAGGUGCCGGCCAUUGGAAUGGCGGAAACCACCAUCUGCCGGAUGGAGAGAGACACGAAGAUCUGCAACUUGAAGAUCCUGACGAAGAUGAAGGAGAUGAUGACGUAGAUCAAAUCGAUUAUGGCAAUGAUGUAGUGAAUAACAAAAAUCACAACGGAAAACAAAAGGCCCACCGAAAGUUCCCUUUGGGAGGUAAGCAUGAUGGUGUGAUGGUCAACCCUAAAUAAAAUGAUCACCAGCUGGACAAACGUAAUGUAGUAAAAUAGUCAUGACUUGAACUGUGAGAACAGCACAAAGCCACCAAUACACACCAAUAGUGUGAAAACUUACUGUUAGUUAAUACAAAACGCACACUUCGUUUAGCAACACAGAACUUAACAGUUUGGAAUGCUUGUAAAAGUGAUAAUGUGUAUUGAGUUUUGUUACUCGAAGCAUUUAUUGUGAGGGAAUGAACCUCGCUUCAGUGAGGAAAAUCUAACGAAUAUUAUAUUUUUAAUGGUCAAUUUAUUGGUACAUUAUUUUAUCCUACUAACAACUGUUAUUAUGAUUUUUCCCCCAACGAAAACGUUUUGGACAUUAUUUAGGGUUUUAUUAAUAAUGUUCCUAUCAGUUUAUGAUUGAAAUACAAUUUUUAUAAAAAUUAA